AUGCACACGCUUCCUAUCAAGAUGAAAAGAGGCCUCUUGAUACUUUGGUCCUUGUUCUACUUCAGCGUUGCAAACACAGCCACUAGAAACCAGGCUAACCAGCCUCUUGAGUUUGAUCAACUGAAAAUAUCCAGGAAAUAUGUUCAAGGAAAACAAGAUACAACUCUAAAGAAUAGAUCUAGUCCCUCGGUGCAUAGAGGCUCAAAAAACAAUCUACGGGAGCAGGAUAAGAUCAUAUCAAUGCCAGGGCAAACGGAGGUAGUAGAAUUUGACCAAUAUGCAGGAUAUGUCACGGUGGAUGCAAAGGCUGGAAGAGCUUUGUUCUACUACUUUGUUGAGACUCCUCAAGAUCCUUUGAACAAACCGCUAGUCCUAUGGCUGAAUGGAGGGCCCGGCUGUUCAUCCUUUGGAACUGGAGCCAUGCUUGAACUUGGACCUUUCUCUGUCCGUAGUGACAACAAGACACUGUACAAGAAAACACAUGCAUGGAACAGAGUGGCCAAUAUGUUGUUCGUUGAGAUCCCAGCUGGUGUUGGAUACUCAUAUUCAAACACUACAUCAGAUUAUUAUAACACUGGUGACCAAAGGACCACAGAUGACGCUUACACCUUUCUUGUCAAGUGGCUGGAGAAAUUUCCUGAGUAUCGGGACCGUGAUUUCUUCAUAACUGGUGAGAGCUACGCGGGUCACUAUAUACCAGAGCUAGCUAAUCUGAUUGUUUCUAACAAUAGAGCCACCAAUGCAACUAUUGUCAAGCUUAAAGGUGUUGCAAUUGGAAAUGCAGAUUUGGAUGAUAAUGUGACCCUAAGAGCAUCAUAUGACUACUAUUGGAUGCAUGCUAUGAUUUCUGGAAGAACUUACAGAGCCAUCCAGAAUAAAUGUGGCUUUAACAGUGGCUUUAACGGGACAUACACUAAAGACUGCCAGAAUGCCAUGAACUUAGCUUCCCAGGAAAAAGGAAAUGUUGAUGACUAUGACAUCUACGCACCAACAUGCCAUGAUGCCUCCAAUCCUUCCAAAUCAAGUGACUCGUUGGUGUUUGGUGAUCCAUGCACAAAUCACUAUGUCUCCUCUUAUCUAAAUCGUCCUGAGGUUCAAAGGGCGCUCCAUGCAAACACAACAGGGUUAAGCUACCCAUGGAUGGAUUGCAGUAGUCAGCAUGUAUUCGAUAAUUGGAAAGAUUCGCCAGAGACGAUGCUGCCAUCAAUCAAGAAACUCAUUUCAAGUGGCACAAGGAUAUGGCUGUACAGUGGUGAUAUGGAUGCAGUGUGUUCAGUCACUUCAACACAAUACGUGCUGGACAUUCUUGGGCUUCCUAUAGAGACAUCUUGGCGUCCAUGGCGCAUCGACAAUGAGGUUGCUGGCUAUGUGGUUGGAUAUAAACACCUGGUGUUCGCGACAGUCAGAGGAUCUGGGCACAUGGUCCCAUACUACCAGCCUCGCAGGGCAAUGGCACUAUUCUCAUCAUUCCUCGAAGGAAAGCUCCCUCCGCACUGA